AUGGAGAAAAAUGAAUUCCCGGCUGUGUCUAACGGUCCACCUUUCGUUUGUGCUCCUCUUAAUGGCCCACUUCCGUCGGGGUUUUCGCCGAUUUUCCCCUUUAGCAGACCACAAGGAUCCCAUUCAAUGCCUGGUCUUAAUCAAAACGAGUUCUAUCCUGCUGUGCCGAUUCGGUCAUUUAGAGCGGAACCACCGGCUUCUAAUGGCCAAAAUGUGCAUGAAUAUAAGUCAGCUGGGUCGAGUUCUGUUAAAAAGAAAGUGAAGAAAAGGAAAGUUUUUGAGUUUGCAUUCACUGUUGUUACUGAUUUCAAUCCUGGAAUUAGUUUAUCUAAGCGAGAUGACGGGACCAAGGAAUUGGUUGAAAAUGUGCUUUGGAGGUUUGAUGCACUUAGGAGAAAGCUUAGCCAAAUAUAA